AAAUAAAAAUUAAUGGAAAGAUUAACAAAAAUACAUAGAAAUAAAUACGCCAGAGUGAUGUCGCGUAUUACCAAUCGUUCGAAAACGAAUUUGGGGGCUGACUCUAUAGUUAUGCGGCACGAACUGCCUUCAGCACGUCUUCGCGGGAAACUAACGCAUUCAAAUCCUAAUUGCGGUGUUUUUAGUGAACUUCCAACUGUAUUGAAUGAUUAUAGUCCAGAGACUGUUCCUGAUAGAGUUUUGAGACGUACAUUAACGUCGAAACCGCGUAAAACAAUCAAAUCUUUGGACCCCGCCACUUCCCCUCAUCGCGUAGUAACGAAAUGUGAAACCGGCAGAAAACCUCGGCCAAUGGUUAAGUUGCGGGAAUCAGCACCUGUGUUAACGAACAAGUGUAUGGAUACAAAUGAAAGACGGUGUUCGUCAAGCAGGACCCAUACUAACUUAAAAUAUUUAAAAGAGGAAAUAAAAGCAUACAACGAAGCGGAAAAACUAAUGAGACUUAGAAGUUCUCUCUACAAGAAAUGUGGAGUUGUGCUUGAUGACGUAGGACAGGUUACCGAAGACAAAGCAAUACAAGUGGAACCAGCACCAGAUACCGGAAAUCCAAAAAGGUAAAAUAUAUUU